UGUUUUUCCGCUAGAUUGUGUAUGCUGUGCGAUUCUGUCUGGAUUAUGGUGACCCUUUUCUUGAUUAACUUUGCCAAUUUUACAUCUGAGUCGACAAAAGUGUUACAGAUGGAUAUUAAUCAUUUCAGUUAUUGUUGAAAUGAAUGAAUUAGACAAACAGAGGAAUCGACAUGGGUAUUUUCUUGGUUCUACUGCGCACAAAGUCUACUGACAGUCUCGCCGAAGUUCAAGGCCUUACUCGGUAUUUCUGUGCGUACUGAAUCAACAUUUCAAGUGGAUUUAGAUAUUUUCAUGAACCCAGCGGAUUAUCUUCACGUAAUAAUGUCUUGAUUAUUGUUGUUUCUGCUAUAAUUAUCAUGAUGUGAAUUUAAACGAUCUUCAGUUUUACAGGAACAACAUGUCCUAGGCCUGCUGUUAUUUGGAAUAUGGCCGAUUGUGUGUGGAGUUCAUUGAUAAACAAUCCAAUAGGAAUGUAUCGUCAUCGGCAGUGUGACGUGUCAUAGUACAAUAUAUUACUUUUUUAAUUAAACGCUUAGAUACAGUAAUAACUAUACUUGUCAACAAGCAAGUUUUAAUAUAUCUGUGAUAUUAUUCUAAAUAUGUGUAAGUUAACAUUGAAGGCUGCGUUAUGCAUUUUCUGUGUGGCGUUUCUCGCGGCAACAACUGGAUCUAAUGUAAACGGGCAAAUUGCAGAGACGGGCGUUGAAACUAAACAAGAAAUAAUUUGUGAAAGUAUCGACAUCAGGAAUUAUGUGAAAAAUUUCAAGAAGAAGCUGGCGAACUGUACAGUUAUUGAAGGUUUCCUAAAGAUCGUUCUGAUCGAGAAACCAAAACAUGGACAAUAUGACCAACUGAGUUUUCCCGAUCUGGUGGAAGUCACUCACUACGUGUUACUUUACCGAGUGUAUGGACUACGCAGUCUGAGUCAAAUCUUCCCAAACCUAGCAGUGAUACGGGGCCAGGACCUAUUUUACUUCUACUCCCUGGUCAUCUACGAAACAAUUGAUAUGGAGGACAUUGGAUUAAUUGGCUUGACAACCAUUGAACGAGGUGCAGUUCGAUUAGAGAAGAAUCCGAACUUGUGUUAUAUCGACACUAUUGAUUGGACGAAAAUUGUUCCUUCCAUGCAACUCUCGGAUCAUUUCUUUAAGGGAAAUAAAUUGACUACAGAAUGUGUUAAUGUUCCCCCGAAAAACUGCCCUGUGACUACUGUUGAUGGAAAACGGGAACCCCGGAGCUGGAACUUGCAUCAUUGUCAAAAACUUCUAGAUUGUUCCAAAGGAAGUAAUUGUCCAAGUGGGAUGUGUUUUGAAGGCCAAUGCUGUGACCCGAAAUGUUUGGGAGGCUGUCAUGGACCGAAGCCCUCGCAAUGUAUUGCUUGUAAGAAUGUUAUAGACAGUACCCAAGGAUACCCACACUGUAUCGAUCACUGUUCUCCUGGCACUUACAAGGUCCACAAUCGUCGUUGCCUCCUGGACAGAGAAUGCGUGAAUAUGGACAUGUACCUGGUCCCAUUCACAAACACCACAGAGGCUGAAUGUGCACCCUACUGUCCUGCUGGGAUGAGCGUCAACAAUGUAUCCAAGUGUGAAAAAUGUCCAGGGCGAUGUCCAAAAGUUUGUCCACCCAUGAGAGUUGAUAGUGUAGAUGCGGCCCAGCAACUCAAAGGUUGUACUUACAUCAAGGGAGCCCUGGAGAUCAGAAUCAGCUCUGGAAGUAACAUUGCGGUGGAACUUGAAGAGAAUCUGGGACAGAUUGAGGAAGUCAGUACAUAUAUAUGGAUCCAUGCCUCCAAUGCGCUUCUGUCUCUAAACUUCUUCAGGAGCCUCAAGAGAAUACGUGGCAUGACCCUCUACAAUGCCAAAUAUGCUCUUAUGGUGAACGACAACAGCAAUCUAGAAAACCUGUUUCCUGAAAACACGAAAAACAAGCUGGAAAUUCUGAAUGGCAGUAUGUUCUUCCACUUCAAUCGUAAACUCUGCUACAAUAAAAUAAUGGACCUCCUUAGCUCUGUGAAAAUGAAUUCAACAGCUGACAACGACAUCUCGGAAACGAACAACGGUGACCAGAUGCCAUGUGUGUAUUCUACACUCAACUUGACCAUAUUUCAAGUUGGACCCAGAGUGGCCUUCUUUAGGUGGGAAAACUUCAAAAUUGCAGACCAGCGAAACCUGCUCAGCUAUGUUGUUCACUACAAGGAAGCUCCUGUCCAGAAUGUGUCUACUUACGAUGGACGCCAUGCCUGCAGUGAGGAUUUCUGGAAUACCAAGGAUGUUCUCCGUACCAAGAGCAUGAACGAGCAGUACCUGUACGAGAUUCUGCUGAAGUUAAAACCCUGGACACAGUAUGCUAUUUAUAUAGAAACCUACACCACAGCACUUGCUAAGGUUGGCGCCAUUAGCAAGGUCAAGUACUUCAGGACUGCCGCUACAGCACCUACGAUUCCUCAGAACCUGGUUGUGAAAGCCAUCAAACCAAACCAGCUCCACCUGACGUGGGAUCCUCCAGAAUCUCCUAACGGUAACGUCACUCACUACGAAGUCUACUGGCGUAAAGGAGUGUUGGAUCCCAAGAAAUAUGAUGUUAGGAACUACUGUAUUUCACCUGUACGACGAGCGGAUCAGAAACAGCUAGAAGAAGCUGAGAGAAACAAAAUUGAAGACGAAAAGAAAAAAUACCAGGAAGGUCAGGAAUGCUGUGAAUGUGCCAGUACAAGCCGCCAAAAGAAGGAAGAAGAACAGAGGGAAAGAGAAAUGCAGAUCAACUUUCAAAAUUUUUUACAAACAGCAAUAUACAUCAAGAGGGAAAUGAGAGGAAACUCUGACCGUAAACAAGAUAUAAAGACUUACCAUCAGAUGAAUAACAACAAAAAUUCCAACAGCACCAAACCUAAAAAAUCUCGAGCACGGCGCUCGCCAUUAUUUUUAGACACCUCGGUAGCCAAUGAGUCGCUAGGAAAUGAGACCGAGUAUAAUACGACGGAAGUAGAGGAUAGAAGCGAUGUUCCUGGAGAGGAAGCCAACCCGUACUAUCGAGCCGUGGUAUACAAGAGAGUGUUCAUCAUUCCGAAUCUGAUGCACUAUCGAGACUAUAACAUCGAGGUGAUAGCAUGUCAGGAACGAGAUCCUCGGGACUCCAGGGGAAACACGACCGAGGAAGCCAAGUUAUGCAGCAGCCGAGCUUUAGCCCUUCAGCGUACCAUGACUUCCAAAGUGGCUGACAAUAUCAACAGUUCCUCUAUCAGUGUCGGUGUGAUGAAGAACAAAACAGGGGAGGUAAUUCUCAAGUGGGCGCCACCUCCUAAUCCUAACGGGAUCAUCAUUACGUAUGAAAUCAAGUACAGCGACUCAAACAUCAAUAACGUUCAACCCAUCACCGUGUGUAUAUCCCAGAAAAUGUACAAAUCCCAAGGGGGCCACAAACUCAACAAUUUGGGACCAGGCAACUACACAUUCAAGAUACGGGCGAAUUCAUUGGCAGGCAACGGAUCAUGGACUGAGGGCCGCUACUUCAUCAUAGAUUCCGGAAAAGGAACUGUGAUGGCACAGGAGAUGAUCAUUGUGGUGUGUGUUGUAGUCGGUAUCGUCGUCGUUGUCGUCACUGGAAUUAUCGUCUGGUGUAUGGCUCGCAGGAGGUUCCGUGAAUAUCCAGAUAUCCAGAACAUAUCGGCCAAUCCAGAAUACAUGUCAAAUUACGAUGCUUACAUAGCGGAUGACUGGGAAGUGGAUCGUGACAAGGUUAAGCUUCUCCGUGAACUGGGCCAAGGUUCAUUUGGUAUGGUGUAUGAGGGCCUCGCAAAUGGACUGAAGGAAGUGAACGGAGAGAUCCGAGUGGCUGUCAAAACUGUGAACUCAAGUGCUACAUUUUCUGAACGGAUGAGUUUCUUGAAUGAAGCUUCUAUUAUGAAGGCUUUUGUGUGUUCCCAUGUUGUGCAACUACUUGGAGUUGUGUCUGAAGGUGUGGCUCAAGGAAAGCCAGCAUAUGUCAUUAUGGAACUGAUGAGCAAUGGAGAUUUGAAAAAUUUCCUUCGCAUGCAUCGACCAGAUGAAGAGGACAACGCCGGUCGUACACCUCCGACUCUCCACCGUAUCAUGCAGAUGGCAGGAGAAAUUGCAGAUGGAAUGGCCUAUCUGGCUGACAAAAAGUUUGUGCAUCGUGACUUAGCGGCCAGAAAUUGUAUGGUGGCAGAUAAUCUAACUGUGAAGAUAGGCGAUUUUGGAAUGACCAGAGAUAUUUAUGAAACAGAUUAUUAUAGAAAAGGUGGUAAAGGGCUUCUACCUGUUAGAUGGAUGGCUCCCGAGUCCCUGAAGGACGGUAUAUUUACCAGUAUGUCAGACGUAUGGUCGUAUGGCGUGGUUAUAUGGGAAAUGACAACCCUGGCUGCCCAGCCGUAUCAAGGCCUCUCAAAUGAAGAGGUUCUUAAAUAUGUCAUCAGUGCAAAAACUAUGGACACUCCAGAAGGCUGUCCAGAAAUUUUAUAUGAAAUGAUGUUACAAUGCUGGAAAUAUCGACCAAAGUCACGGCCGACAUUCAAAGAAAUUAUAGAAUUAUUAGUACCUGAACUUGACCCAGAAUUCAAGGAAACAUCAUAUUUCUUCAAUGAUGGUAAAGUGGACAGUAUGGAAUAUGAUGAUGAAUAUGGAGACGAUAUGGGACAGGACGAUUCCCAUAUGCCCUUCAUUUCGGGGGAGGGAACAAGAGGGAGUGGUGCGUGUUUAAAGCAUGUGGAUGACAUAAACUUCGUGGAUCAUACAGACUUACGAUAUUCAAGUUACUCACAUAAUGAGGUGGGGGCCAGCGAGCCAUGUGACUGUAUAUUGUUAAAAGAGACCAAGGGGGGAGGGGUAGGUAGGGUGCAGUUUCAUAAUGACGACAACCACCAAUUCAAUGCGGGCUCCAACAGUGCAAUAGACUCAUCCAAUGAUGGAAGCAAAGAGAGCAGCAAGAGCUCAAAUCAUAGUUAUAAUCCCAUAAACGGUAUCAACAUCCCGCCUAACUUAGCCAAUGGACAUGUGCCAUUGCAAAUGAGGACAACCACGUCGUGCUAGUACAGUGAUGAUUACCGUGGGUCCAUUUUAUAUUGUAAUAUACAUCAUCAUGCAGAUCAACCUUCUCACCCUUUACACAUACACAAAAGCAUUCACACACACACACACACACACACAGCUACAUGAUAUAGUGAUCGUCAUUUUCCCCCCACACAACAAAAUCUUUAAAAUAAUUCAAAUGAUGUACCAAACACACAACAAGUGUAUCGGAAAUGUGUGGAAGAAAACUUGUAUCAAUUGUACGCGGGAAAGUUGUAAAUACGACACACAGAAUCUACAUUGAUGUUGUAUGUUACGGAUCUCGUGGUUCUGCCGGAGUCCCUCGUAUCUUCGUCCUGCAUUGUGUUGACUGAUCUCUGCUGCCAUUCAAGUCCAAAGGGAAAUCUUGUGUGUCUGUGCAUGUCAGUGUGUAAGUUGUGAUGGCUCCACCCACCCUACCCCAUUGGCUACCAAUCAUCGCUGGAAAGUCGAGGAAUAUCAGUUGUGAUAAAUAAAAUAACGGUGUAAUAUCUAACACACCUCCUGCUUUUACAAAUUUUAGUGUGAACAUCAAAAUCAUGAUUUGGUUUUGAAAUGCAAACAUGUUUUAUAUGUGUGUUACAUUAAAAACAAUCAUGAUUUGGUUUUGAAAUGUAAACAUGUUUUGUAUAUGUGUUACAUAUAACUGGAUGUAAUGUAUAAAUGUCACUCUGUACGGCAAAGAAAUGAGGGCAUCACUGGAAUUCAUGUCAGAUUUUGUACUACAUAAAAGCUUGCCACUUUUUUAUCCCAAAAAAUCUUGUACAAUUUAUUAAGAAUGUGUCAUUGGUUUUGGACAUUUUAUUCACAUGACAUGUAUUAUUUCAACUUGAUGGAAUCAUUUCAUUUUUUAACCAAUUAUUUUAGUCUAUCUUGAAUUUAUUGAAGUGUUGAGGAAAUUUAUAUUUUGUUAAUUUUAGAAAGGAACAAAGUUGUUGAAUGUUGUUCGAUAAGGCAAUGCUUUAUGAUACAUCGGGAGUAAUUUCUUGUAAUUGCAGGUUUAGAUUGAAGACAAUCUAUUUUUAGAAUCUCAUCCGGAUUUAUUUGUGGUUAUCAUUGACAUUUAGCCGUUAUAAAAAUACAGAUUAUUUAGGUUUACAGUUCAUGUAAACAAUCAAAAUCACAAAAAAACAACAUCAGUCACAUUUCAUUUCAGUUUUAUUUAUUUUAGUAUAUACAUGUGUAUAUAUAUUUUUAAAGAGAUUUGCUAUGAACUCUUUGUUUUAAAGUCAUGACUUAACAGUUUGUUGAUAAAUGCUCUCAUAGUUGUCUGCACUUGAUAUUUACUGCAAGUUUACAUUUUGUCUCAGGAAGCCACGAAAUACCGGUAUGACACUAUUUAUAUUCAACAUCUACUACGGGCAAAUUGAUACGGGCAAAAUGAUGUUUUUGAAAGCUCUAAAAUAUUUUACUGGAGAACAUUGGUGAAUAAUUGUAUAAACUGUUAGGAAGAUUGUAGGAUUUAUACCCCUCAUAAUCUCAGGGUGGCGUCAAUAUCAUUAGAGAUUAAAAUUGUAGAACUUCAGCUUGUGUAAAUCAGAUUUAUUUUAGAUAAAGAUAUGCCAAAAAUAUUUUGCAAUCAAUUCUCGUGUAGCAGUGACAGCAUAUUUUAAAAUCUCUGUUCUCGAUUUCUGUACAUGAUUUGCCAAGGAUAUUUUGCAAUCAGUUCUUGUGUAGCAGUGACAACAUAUUUUGAAAUCUCUGUUCUCAAUUUCUGUACAUCAGUUAAAUACCAAAGAAAGUUAAAACAUUGACAUCGAUAAUUUUCUGAUAUUUAUUUUGGAUAUUAAACUUCUCUUCAAGUAAUUUUCUUUAUUCAACUUUUGAUGUUUUAGAAAACUUUUCACAAUGCAGAAGAAAUUAAUUGCCAUUUGUUUCGGGGGAAAUAAAUAUAAUAAAUUAACAAAAGGGAAAACAGCAAAAGCAAUUAAUCAGUAUUCUGCUUUGUUGAAGCAUGAUGAGUGUGCGUUAUUGGACAGAGCUGUUCCAUUGCAUAAAUAAAGGCUUGCCUUAUUGUUUAACUGUGUAACAGCUUGUUUUAAUCUGAUAAAUAAUUCUUUCACUGUAUAAAAUCUUAACUCUUUUACUGUAGAAAGCUUGUCUGUUUUACUUUCUCAAAGUUUAUACUGUUUUAAUGUACAGAAAAGUUUUUCUUACUGUUUAAUUGAGAAAUUUUAUCUUUUUCCCAAUAUAAAAGGUUAUCUGACGUUUUUAAAGCCUGUUUUCCUUUAGAGAAGCUUUCUUCAUGUUUUACCUCGUGUCCUUAUGUUAACCUGUAUAUGUAAUAUUCCCCUGUGGAAAACCUUUGGACUAAAAUUAUAGAUUUAAAACACAGAGAUCAGAGUAUUACGUCGUAUGUAAGGUUUCCUGUCGUUGUACAAAAGGUAUAUAAAACCCCAUUGGUAUGAUAUUAGACCAUCCUCUAUGACCUUUGUGCAUGGUACAUCCUGUGACCUUGGUACAUCCUGUGACCUUGGUGCAUGGCACAUCCUGUGACCUUGGUACAUGAUAUAUCCUGUGACCUUGGUCCAUGGUACAUCCUGUGACCUUGAUACAUCAUGUGAUCUUGGUCCAUGGCACAUCCUGUGACCUUGGUACAUCGUAUAUCCUGUGACCUUGGUACAUGGUAUAUCCUGUGACCUUGGUACAUCCUGUGACCUUGAUACAUCCUGUGACCUUGGUCCAUGGCACAUCCUCUGACCUUGGUACAUGGUAUAUCCCGUGACCUUGGUACAUCCUAUGACCUUGGUUCAUGGCACAUCCUGUGACCUUGGUACAUGGCACAUCCUGUAACCUUGGUACAUGGUACAUCCCGUGACCUUUGUACAUCCCAUGACCUUGGUACAUAGAGCUGUAUAUAUACUUGUUGUACUAUUUAUCACAUGUUAGGUUGAACUUGCCACCCCAAAAAUAAGCGGUGUGUUUGUGUUUAAAUAUUGUACAUACCAUGUGGUUGAUACAAGGAUCAUAUUUUAGUGCUCCUCAUGUUAAAACUCUCAUUAGACAGAACUGCUGAGCCUAUAAUCACUGUAUUCCAUAAAACAGAUAAGAUCACAAUACUCAUUACUGAGAGAAGAUUAUUGCUGGUGAAUGUGACAACUGAUGUUUCUUAGUUUCUGAAUGGGUUCAUUUGGCCUGCUCUUAACAUCUCAUUCUGUCAACCACAGCGAUACGGCCGAGGAUUAUAAGCCUACCGAUUCGGACACCAACUGUUAAUCUGUUGUUGUGAAAAUACAAGUAGAGCCUGGGUAUAUUUCAUACGGUCUUUCUCAUACGACUGCCUAAUUUUGCAUGAGAGUACUAAUGGAAUGGCAAAGAGUCGCAAAAAAGUGGGGGAAAUUUGAUAUGGUGUCUCCUGUUAUCGGGAUAUACAGAAAUUCCUUCGUCAUGUACAAGUCUAUUUGUGGGGCAUGUUUAGUCCUCUCUGUCAGAGUAUAUAUUUAACUGUAUCCGCGGAGAGCAAGUGUUCCAUACUGAAAAUGGGUCAUGUUCUCCAAUUUUUGACGGAGUUGUUGCCCUUAGCUAAUCAUUUAUUUUGAAAUUUUGGUCUGAGAUUGGGGACUAAGAACUGUACAUUAUUGAAAAUAGGUACCGUAGUCAAAGGGUUAGUUUAAAUUACUCAAAUUUAAAAAUGAAAAAUAUAAUACCACUGAUGCCAUCUAGAGAAUAUAUAGAAAAUGACAAGCUCUUUAUAAUUAGUCUCAAGAGUUAAAUGUGGUUUUCAGAGAGUAUUUUUGUUAAUUCCUGGGUUGAAGCUAAAACAGAACAUAAGGAACAAUGAUAGGGAUAAUUAGGCGCUGAUGCUGAUUAAAUUCACACGUUACAUAAUGACUUACUUGUUCCUCCAAAUAGACAAUGUCAAGUAAAGGACUAAAAAACAAUUAAUACACUCUAAUAACAAACAAAAUACACUAUUCAGUAGAUUUAGGGAUAGCUAAACUGUCAUAGUACAUUUGUAUUCAUUUUUAUAAGCCAAAACAUAAAAACUGUUGGUAGUUAUACAGGAAUUGAUACUGAUAUUUUGAGGGAUUAUUUGAAAAGAAAAGUUUUCCCUCCUUGAUGAAAAAUCAACUUAAAUGCACAAAGCAAUGCAAUUCAUCUUCUCAUGCUCAUGCUUUCUUGUUGUAGUAAUCAUCGGGCACAAGUUCUAUCAGUUGGGAGGAUGGAGUGAGAGAUGUUUGGAGGGUGACUGAAUCACUUGGUUGUAAUUUUUGUGUGUAUGAGGAUGUAGUUUUCAUUUAUUGGUAUCAGGACAACAAUUUAUGGUAAAGAUGUAGAGGUCUUAAAUGGAACUGGGAAUUAACAUAUUCUAUUAUGACCAAAUCACUUAAAACUAGGAUUACAUCAACAUUUCAGCUUUUUUUUUUUUUUUUUUUACAAAAAAUAUUUGUUGUCCAAAGGGAGAUAAUUCAAUAGUUGUAUAUUGAAACAAGAAUUUCUUCUCUAAAAGUUGAAUUUUUACAAACCUAUUCUAUGUUAAUGUAAAGUUAUCCAUCUUGAAUGUCUGUUUCUCCUUGAGAUUCCCUAUUAUGGAGUGGAUGGAGUGUGAUGUAUCCAGCUAGAUGGAAUCUUUGUGGCAUGAAUGAUGUUUGCUUGAACUUGAGUGGUUCAUUGUAUUUUCCAUCUGACAUAACUAUUAUAUAAACAGGUUCUAUUUUAAAGGUCAAAAGUAUCGGACCAAUUUCAACACAAGUCACAAGAAAAACAAAAUCAUUCAAACUGGAAAUGGGGAGAUAGGAUGAAAAUUAUGCUAAAAAUUUCAGUUGUAUUGCACUUAGGUAUGUAGGUUUUAAAAUGAUAUAUGUACAAAUUAAUCUUACUACCUGAUCAGAAAACUACCUCAGAUGGAUCUGUUGUUUCACCAAAUGACAUUUGAAUUUUAUUUUGACAUGCUGUAGAUUUAGAAUAUGGAAGGCCUUAUAAGGGGAAAGUAAAUUUCUACAUCAAAAUGUUGAUUCCCAUGUAAAAACAUCAUCCCAUUUAUCAAAAGGAUUUUGGACAUAUUCGGAAUUAAAAAUAAAUUCAUAUCUCAUCUACAUUGUGGUUGACUAUGUCAUCAAUCUGUUGAAAAUCGGGAGAUGAAUUUGAAUCAAAAUGAUCAGCAUAUUAUUAAUGUUUUGAAAAUAUAUGAUUGAUACCUACAUUUAUUUCAGAUAAAGAUUAAUUCCUAUGAACACAAUAUAACCCGAAAGUUCCCAUAUCCAAUGAAUUAGCUUGCUGUCUAGUAAGCUAGACCUUAGGAUGUUGUUAUGUUAUGGCUGUGAUAGGGUUGUCAGUUAAGUACAUUUAAGAGUUUAUGAAAGGCAAGUUUGUUGAUUGUUGAUUGUUUUAUAUUUUCUUCAUUUUAGGUUUUAUCGAAAAUAACUGCAGGAUUUUUUGUUUAAAUCUGAAUUUCCUGUGUGCAGUUUUCUCCUCCCGUGUUGUUAUUUUCUGUUAAUUUUUAUUUUUUUUUUCCCCUCCUUGAGUUUCCUGUUGUAUCCAAAUCACAAUGGUAUUUUGUCUGAACGGUUGUGUUUAUAUCAAGAUGCUUGCUGUUGGAGUUAAAAAAAAGUUUUCUAACUUUUUUCUUUCUUUACUACUUUGUAUUGUUGAAUCUGUAAAAAGAAAUAUAAAAAUAGUUGUUACUUUUAACUUAUAAUACCUCAUUCAGAUUAUCAUAGUAGUUUAUUUCCCCUGACAGAUUGUCGUCAAUAUAUGUAUGCUUCAAAAACACGGAUAUUUUUACCGAAAUUUGUUUAGUCUUUUAUAAUUGCAUAAUUUGUAAUUAAUUUGUUGAACUUCUCAGUGAUUUAAACAGGUUUUUUUUUAGUUUUUUCCCCUAGUUUUUAAGAAAUAUCAGUUUAAAGUAGUAGUAGAUGAAUUUAAAGACACAAACUGAUUAACUUCAUCAAGCGUGGUACAGGUGACAUACCUCCUUUUGUAAAUAUAUAUACAAAUGUACUACCUAAUUAGAUACACCUUUAUAAACGAGUAUAACGAUUUUAUUUAAAACUAUUUUUUAAAUAGCCUUAGUAGUAUAACUCUCUGAUGAAAAUAUAGGUAGAUUUUGUAUGUGCUGUAAUGUGCAUCAAAAAGUAUAACUGAAAAAAGGAAGGUAUUUUAUUUUUUGUGCAUCAUUUUGUAAAAUGUCAUCUACCUCUUUAUUUCAGUUUGUCGUUGUUUUUAUAGUAAAUUAGCAUUAAUUUGAACUACAUUGUGUCUGUUAAGCUAAUUACUGUGCUUUUAAGAAACCAAGGUAUUUUUCAGGUUGCAAAAUUAUAAGCAAUCAUCAUUCAUGCAUCUUAUUUAACAAAUUUUCUCAUUAUAUUUCAGUUUAUAUUUUUUAGAUCUUGAAAGAAACAUUAAAAACAGUCUUUACUACUACUAGAUAUGAGUGUCAAAGAUGAUACUGAAAUUGAUGUACAAUAUUAGUAUGUAAUCUAAAACUGGUUAAUGACAGACUUCAUUUUCAUUAUAUACAGUAUACCCAUGUUUGAAAACCAAAGAAUUCAAAUAAUUUCCUGUUUAAACGAGAAUUAGUGUUUGACCAAGUAUUCGGAGGUCAUUUUCAUUUCUAGGGUAAAGUCUGAUAAUUUAAUCCACAAAUGUUUAAUCUACCACCCUCUCAUUGUCGAGUCAUAUAAUGACCCCAUUCUGGAGUUUGUGUAGUGUUCAACAAAUAACACUUUCAAAUGAACAACCAGAUCGAGGGUCACCAAUCUGCAAAACAUUAUUUCAAAGUUGUUCUGAAGUUCUCAAAUUUUACAGAUCACAUUUUGCUUGAGGCCUUACUGGUUGCAGUUUAAUUUCAGGGAAAGGCAAGUUUUACCAUUGUAUUAAACUAACACUUACAUGUUUUUAGACAAGUUAUCAUUUCAGAGGAAAAUGUUGACAUUACUUAUCAUUGUGUCUUUUUAAAAAAAUUUUUUUUAAUUUAGCGAAUUUGUUUUUGAAAUUGGUCAUUGUUUUGCGUGAAUGAGUAAAUAGGAUCCUUCGGUUGUUGUUUGCGUGGCGUCGUUUGCGUGUACGAGAGCUCGAUGUUUGUAUGAUAAUUUCCCUGUUGGACUUGUUAUACGUCAUUCAUUAUUCAAAUCAUAUUUAAUAUCAGGAUAAUAUGUUUCUUCCUAGUGUUGGAGGGGAAAAAACAAGGUGUAUUUAUUUAUAGGCUGUUUUCUGCUCGGUUCAUUUUGAUAAAUUCCAGUUUUAAAAAUAGAUUAUGUAGUUGCUGGAAUGUGUCAACUGGAAUUGACAAUAAAACAGGAGUGUAUUGUGUAUAUAGUAUAUCAAAUCUUAUAUAUCGACUUAUCUCACCAGAUCGUGGUGUGGCCAGCUAAAAUCAUACAUUUGUGCUCAAUGUUGCAUUAUUCAUGUUACUUUAAAAACACCAUUCUUCCAGCACAUGCUCUCACUAAUUUUUCAGUAAUUUUGUGAACUUUCUACAACAUGGUCACCUAUCAAUAAAAUCAGAAAUACAGGAAAGUUUUAUGCUUUAUCGAAUUGCAUAUUCAACCUUUUAAACAAUACAGUCGGCACUGAUUCUAGAAAAAAAAAAUUUGAACUGAUGCUCAACUUAAAUACACCUUAUUUAUACAGAUACAGUAUUCUAGCAUAGUCUAGCAUAGAUUACAGUGAUUUUAAAUCUAUAGAUCUCUUCUCAAUUUUCAAAAUCACUGCUGGCAGUGAUAUAUAGCAUUCUUUCAUUAUUAUUUUUUUUAAUUUUUUGUUUCCGAGAAACAAGCAGAAUUUGGAUUUGUUACUCGAGCUUUCCCACAUUUAAUGACUGUUAAUAAUAUUAAAAAAUUAAAAAUUAAUGUUCUUAAAAUUCUCCAAAAGUUAAUUGGCAACAUCUACCUGAAAGAAAAACAUCCACCUUUGUUUUGGUAAAUGUGGUACAUAUGUAUAGUACUGGAUAUGAUCGCAGAGUACAAAUGUUGAAACAAUGGUUAACACCCUUGGUUUGGAAAAAUGAAUCCUUCUUAAUCUUCUCAUUACAUUCAUAGAUAUGUUAACCGUUUUAUUGUAGCUUUUCUGGCUGUUAAAAAAAGAGAGCAAAGUUAAUUAGGAUACAAAAAAAGAGAGCAAAGUUAAUAAGGAUACAAAAAAAGAGAGCAAAGUUAAUUAGGAUACAAAAAAAGAGAGCAAAGUUAAUUAGGAUACAAAAAAAGAGAGCAAAGUUAAUUAGGAUACAAAAAAAGAGAGCAAAGUUAAUUAGGAUACAAAAAAAGAGAGCAAAGUUAAUUAGGAUACAAAAAAAGAGAGCAAAGUUAAUUAGGAUACAAUGUCAUUGUUGAACUAUAUCAACACAUUUCCUUUUACUCUGUGCUGCAUCAUUUAGAGCUGGUUUUAAUUUGAUACAUUGUCUGUUUGUGGUAAAACAUCUGCUGGUCUUUGUGGCUGUUAAUUUUAACAUUUGCAUUGACAGUUAAAAUCAGGUGCCAGUUUCAUCAAUAUUUCUUAUCUUACAGAAAUUUCUUCGCCUUAAACUUUGGCAUAGGAAAGUAUUACAGAAUUAAAGGAAAAGGGUUCCUUAAGAUUUUCUCCUUAAAUCUUGUAAUGCUCUUCUAUGAGAAAUUUUAAGAUAAGGAAAUUUGGUGAAACCCUGGGCCAGGUGAUUGAAGUUCACAAGCAACUCAGUUCCAUACAUUUUAAAACAAAUUAUUUUGAUAAUAAAUGGUUGAGAAAUUGUUUAAAAAGGGUUCAAACUUUUCAGUCAGUAUGAGAUUUUAUGUUAUAUUUUAGAUAAGUCAGACAAUUGACUUGGAUCUUAGUUCUUUCAUUUACGAUGUUUAAUCUGAAGUGUGUCUCCGGUGAAAUAUCAACUUGUGGUAUUGAAUAAGACAUUGUUUUGUUACUAUUUAUUGCUACCGAAUCAAAGAGUGAAUGAAUGAUGUGUGUGCAACAUGACAAUCCAAAACCCCUCUGUGUUGUAGUAUUGGUUUGGUCCAAAUGAUUAUGCAUUAUUUGUUCAAUGUGGCAUAUUGGUCUCUACCAAUAUUACGAGACUAAGUAGGGGUCUUUGGUGAGAAAAUGUCACCUCUUAAGUAUGCAUGUUGGAAAAGAGCUGAAGUUAUCAAGGAUUGAGUCUUAUUCAGUUUUCUUGCCCUUAGUAGGUCAUGAAUUGUCAUCCAUGCUUUCAUCUUCAUUAUUUUCAUCAUCAUUUUCAUCUGUGAAUAGUCAUUAAUCAAAAAUGGAAUUUUUAAUGCUGCCUUGGAGAAAACAUUGUAGCAAAGCAACUCUGUCAAAUACUGUAGCAUACCAAUAUGUGAUACACCCUGCCAACCCAACACUUGUAGGAACACAAAAGGUAGAUUACAACUGAAGGGCUGGUAGGGUGUUAUAAUGAUGUACAAUGAUGGUACACCCGAAUUCUUUGAUAUAUACAUACAUAUAAAUAUAUAUACAUACGUGUGUGCGUGCGUGUGUGUGAAUUUCUCUCUUUAUUUUUUGUUUUUCAUUUAUUUAUUGAUUCUGCGUCUUGUACAUAGAAAGCCUGCUCAUCAUGUGCAAGUAGGAUACAACUAUAUUAGUUUAAUCAAUAAAUGGAGCGGGAGAAGAAAAAGUCAAGAUUAGAAGGAAAAUAUUUAAAUACUUGUAUGAUACUGCAAACCACUGAAUUUUACUACUUAAUGCUAGUCUUACAGUUUAAGUGAGGCUGUUGGUAUUGUGUCUUAAUCAAGAUGUGAGUAGUACGAGACAUUGUCUUUGGUUUACAGUAUACACACCAGUCCGUAGUGGUAAUCUGUAAUUAUAUAUAAUUGUAUCAAUAUAUUUUAUAUGAGGUCUAAAUACAGGACCCUUUUACCCCUAGGCUGUUCCUUGUCCAUACCCUUUAUAAGGGGUAGCAUUCAGUAGGUUGAAGGUCACAUUAGGGGUCAAAGGGUCAAUUUUGUUGACUAGUUAAUUACUAUUUUGAUGAAGUAUUACACAAAUGGCGUUAAUACAACACUGUAACAUGAUUGGUCAGUUACAGAGGGAAUUACAACACUGUAACACGAUUGGUCAGUUACAGAGAAAAUUACAACACUGUAACCCGAUUGGUCAGUUACAGAGGGAAUUACAACACUGUAACCCGAUUGGUCAGUUACAGAGAAAAUUACAACACUGUAACACGAUUGGUCAGUUACAGAGGGAAUUACAACACUGUAACACGAUUGGUCAGUUACAGAGGGAAUCACAACACUGUAACACGAUUGGUCAGUUACAGAGGGGAUGGGGGAUAAGUUUACAGGAGAAACAUUAUUAUCGGGUUAUAUGUGACUUUGUUAUGCUACUCAGAAGGUUUGUAAAUAUGUCCAGUGUACAGAUACAUCUCAUUGUUGUCAUUGUUUUGGCUGUAACAGAUUUGCUGUAUAUGAAAGCCACCAUUUUGUAGCUGUUGCCUACCAAACCAAAGUAAAAUGAAAAAAAUAAAUGUAAAUAUGAAUGAA